GGGUAACGCCGGGUUUCGGGUGCCUUGCCGCUGACUUGAGGCUCGGAGAUGCUGCCGGAGCCCUUCCAGAGGGUGGGGAAGGUGCUGCUCACGCCAGCGCGGCUCUUCCCGGCGGGGAGCGGAGCGCUGCAGCCCCGGGCCCGCCCUCCGCGGGGGUGGUGCCGGCAGCAGCGGCGCGGCGGGCCGGGAGCGGAGGAUGCUGCUGCCGCUGCUGCCUCUCCUGCCGCCUCUCCUGCUGCCUCUCCUGCUGCCUCUCCUGCUGCCUCUCCUGCUGCCGCUGCCGGCGCUGGCCGAGGGGCAGCGGGCCGCGGUGCUGCGGCUGGGGCUCCGGGGCAGCCCCCGAGGGGAGGUGAGCCCGGCUUUCCUCUCCCUCACGCUGGAUGCCAGCCUGGCCCGGGACCCGCGCUAUGUCGCCCUGCUCAGCAACUCCAAACUGCGUACCCUGGCAACGGCCCUGUCCCCAGGUUUUCUGAGGUUUGGUGGCACUGAGACAGAUUUUCUUAUCUUUGAUCCCAACAAGGAUUCAACUUCAGAAGAAAAAAUCGUCUGGGAACUUCAGGCACAGCAAGAGGCUUGUGGCUCCAGGCCUGCAUUUGCUGCUGUUGGCAACGUGCUGCUGGCCCAAUGGCCCAGCCAGGAGAAGCUGCUUCUUGCUGAACAGAACUGGAAAAAGCACAAAAACACCACCAUUACAAAAAAUACUCUGGAUAUUCUCUACAGCUUUGCAAACUGCUCAGGGUUUCACCUGAUCUUUGGACUCAAUGCCUUGCUGAGGAAAGGGGGCUUGCAGUGGGACAGCUCAAAUGCCCAGGCGCUGCUGGACUACUGUGCUUCCCAGAGGUACAACAUCUCCUGGGAGCUCGGGAAUGAGCCCAACAGCUUCAGGAAAAAAUCUAGCAUCCACAUUGAUGGCUUCCAGCUGGGGCAAGAUUUUAUUCACUUACGCCAACUGCUGAAUAACUAUGCCCUCUACCAGCAUGCCAAGCUCUACGGCCCCGACGUCGGGCAGCCCCGAAAGCACACGCAGAGACUGCUGAGAAGCUUCCUGAAAUCGGGAGGGAAGGUGAUUGACUCUGUCACAUGGCACCAUUACUAUGUGAAUGGACGGAGUGCAACAAGGGGGGAUUUCUUGAGCCCUGAAGUGCUGGAUACCUUUGCCACAGCCAUAUAUGAAGUCCUGGAGAUUGUUGAUCAGACUGUGCCAGACAAGAAGGUGUGGCUGGGAGAGACGAGCUCUGCCUACGGAGGAGGAGCCCCCAGACUGUCUAACACUUAUGUUGCUGGCUUUAUGUGGUUGGACAAACUGGGGCUCUCAGCCAGGCAGGGGAUUGAUGUGGUGAUGAGACAGGUUUUCUUCGGGGCAGGGACCUACCACCUGGUGGAUGCCAACUUGGAGCCUUUGCCGGACUACUGGCUCUCGCUGCUCUACAAGAAGCUGGUGGGUGCCAAGGUGCUGCAGGUCGGCCUGGCAGGAGCCGACAAGAGGAAGCUCCGUGUCUACCUCCACUGCACCAACAGCCUCAACCCCAAGUACAGAGAAGGGGAUGUGACGCUGUUUGCCUUAAACCUCUACAAUGUCACCCAACAUUUGGAGCUACCGGCUCACCUAUCGAGCAAGCACGUGGAUCAGUACCUCUUACUGCCUCAUGGCAAAGAGAAUAUUCUUUCCAGGUCUAUUGAGCUGAACGGCCGUGUGCUGCGGAUGCUGGAUGAUGAAACACUGCCAGAGCUUACAGAAAAGCCCCUUGGCCCCGGCAGCCUGCUCGGCCUUCCAGCCUUCUCCUACGGCUUUUACGUUAUCAAAAACGCCAAAGCUAUCGCUUGCAUUUAAGUGGGCAGCACACACACUCAGGAUAAAUGUAAAGAAUUUGGCUACCAGGGAAUUCUAAUCCUAGAAAUUCAUAUUUCUACCACAGGAUUUAAUUCUGGUAAGGGGUGCACAUUUUGCAGCACUAGUACAACGCUGAGCUGGGAAAGACAUCAGGUCCCGCUGAAUAACAGGUACAUGAAAGAUCCCAGGAGAAUUAUCCAGGUAGAAUAAGGCCAGGCAGGGGCUGGUUUUGCUCUUGAUCCAGCCUGUCACUGUGCUUGAGCAUGGAACCCUUCUCCACACCAUGCAGGGAGCUUCUCACACUGCUUGGGGCUCUGCCAGCCCAGGCACUGCAAUCUCCCCUAUCCCCCUCAUUCCUGCAAGUGCAGCUCCUAAAGCAGUUUCUUCAAAAGCUUGCCUUCAGAAAGGAUGAGCAGAGUUUAUAUUUGAGCUGUACAGCUGUGAUUUCGCACCGUGUGGGGAAGCCUGAGGGGGUUGUGGUUGCUGAGGGUAUCUUAGGGUGGAAAGUGUGGACACGCAAAGCAAACCGAGGUCAGAGUGCUUGCAGGGGCAAAGGCCUUGCAGAGAACCAGAUCCUCUAUCAGAUUUGGGGAAACGACACACAUUUUUCUCAAGCUAGGAGAGUUCAGUCACAAGAUGGAGCUGUGGCUCUGUGCUUUCCUAAGGCAAGUUGUUGAUGCUGGAGAUGUGGGCUGUUCUUGUAGGGUGGUCUACCCCUGCCAUCACACACUUCAUCCCUGCAAGGAAAGGAGAGGAGCCCAGCAGGCCCUGGCAAUAACCCUCUGUGCUCAGGGGCCUGCACAGUGAGUGCUCAGGACUCCUCAACCUGCACCACCCUGCAGGCAGCUCAGCUGAAAGGACUUCCCUGAACCUAUGCACUGAUAAAGCUCUCUCUGCUUUACACUCCCUAAUGCACUCAGGUCUCUUCUGUCCUCGGGGAAAUGGGGUAGGAAAGAGGCUGAGGAAAACACUCACCCCUCAACCACCAGAGAGACACCAGUGGCCUUAGAGCAUCCUGGGGACAGAACUGCCCAGCCAGGUGACAUCCUUCCUACUGGCAAAACAGCGAUUUUGGACAGAAAUUGGUGUUGGUGGUGGCUUUUCUCCCCAGCUGUGCCUUCCCCAUGCACACCCUGCUGCAGCUGGCUGUGCCAGCAAUAGCUCCCUGUGGCACACAGGCUGCUGGUCUCCAGGCCAACAAAAAGCCUUGGACUGUAGCUGUGGCCUCCUACACUUAUUUAUUUGCAUUUACUUUUCUUGAAGGUAUGUAACGCACACCACUCUCAAUGCCUUAUGACGUUUAUUUAUGACCACAGCAGGGAACAACAACCCCACACCACUGUACUUCCCUUUUUAAGGUUUAAAAAGAUGCUACCAGCUACAAGGGGUUUAACGCAGGGCAGGGAACCCUUUUUAAUGAGAGAACUUUCAAAACUGAUGUAUUUUUUUAGCUGUGAUGAAAACCUGCACACUAAAAAGGUUAUACUUGAGUUCAGUGUGUCAAAGAAGUGUGUGCAUCCACAGAGCAGAUGCAUUCUGUGAAGGGUUUUUUAUCAGGAGAUAACAUAGAUCAGAAAUGAGGAAGGCUGAGUUUGUUUACAUUGCCCAAGUUCCAUAAGAGAAGUAAAGGGAGUCUAAGAUGGAAAGUCUUACAGAAAGUUAAUAAUACAUUAUUAUUAAUUUAUUAAUUUAUUAUAAUUAUUAUUAUUAAAGUUGCAACUAAAACAUCAAAGUUAUUAUUUGCCCUGGUAGCUUCUUUUUAAAACUUUUCUAAAAAAAUUGUUUAUUCCAAUGCUUGUGAGUUUUGUAUUUGAAGACUUUAAUUAAAGUAAUUUAUACCAAGUUUUGGCAACCUUUUUCUUAC